UGUUCGGUAAAGAUCUUUACGUCCGUUCUACCGCGAAAACGCCACCUUGAUUCUUCAGACGACCAUCCAACUCACCGAUUCCUGGUGCUAGUGCAACAGUGGCCGCAAACGCAGGUGUUGCGUUUGAUCCGUCAAUUUCGUUCAGUGCAUAUUUUAGCAAGUGUAAAAGCGGGCAGCAGGCGGGAUCAAAACCAAGUGUAUGUGUGUUGUGCUACGACUCCCCGCGUGAGAGAGAACCUUUGUGUUUGUGUACAGCUCGUGUUGUGUGCUAUUUUGGUUUCUUUACUAAUAACAUAGCUGCCACGUAGCAGCGUGUUUUGUGCUAUUUUCGUGCCGUUCGUUUCACUCUGUGUGAUCGCGACGAUCGGGCUACGGCAAGAAGAAUUAAUACGCCGCCAAAUAGUAGUAGUGUUCGCCUUCUCGACAGCGUCUGCCAUUUUUGUUUACAUCGCUUCCUGUGUGGUGCUAAAAAAAUCAUUACCGCAUAAUUAAUAAUAAGCGCUUUUGUAGUUCCAGCGGACAAUUUACGGAAUAGUUUUUAUGUAAACAGUGAAACUCGUAAAGGAGGUGGUAGUUAGUGUUCCACUUGAAACGCGUUUGGAUUACCAUUGCAUUAACCCACUUGUUUCACGGAUACGUAUUUCAUCACUUCGCAAGUUCUAGGAUAACACUAUAAGGAAUUAUUCCCAUGGUUCAUCAAUCUUUGGGUUACAUAGGAUUAUUCUAAUGAAGGUAAUGCUCCAUUUAUGUAUUGACACAAAUAUCAAUGUCGGUGACCCGUUCAACGAGGCCAGCCUUGCGCUGGCUGUGGCAUACAGCGGGGUGAAUGAACAUUAGACCCUCGAAGUAGAAGGAUAAUAUCAACAAGAGUCUAGUCCGAAGGACAUGGACGUGACGUUUACCAACGUCUUGGAGGGUGCACGACAGUAUUUUCAGGGGUUGCCCGCGACGACUGGAGGUUCAGUAUUUUCAUCGAACAACGAAAACAACUUGAACAGAAACAAUGUAUCCGAACAACAGAUCCAAGAUCGAUCGGACAAUAACGUAUCAUACUGGCCUCAACAACAGCAUCAACAUCUUCACCAACAGCAACAACAACAACCACAGCAACAGCAUCAACAACAACCGCAACAAGAUCGAUCUCAGGUAGAUGUGAUGCACAGGGCGCCUUCCACUCAUUCCGAACCUACCCGCCCGCCCUCGCAACAACAAGACUCAAGGAACUGCUCCUCGAUCUACAAUCUACAACAACAAUCCCAACCGGAACAAUUAAACCCUCAAAUAAUCAAUUACAAUUAUCCGCGACCUCAUUCUCGCGAAGUUUCUUCUAACAGUAAUGUCUCCCAACAACAACAGCACAUGCAACAGCAGCAACAUGUACAGCAUCAACAACAUUACCAACAACAUCAACCUUACAGUCAACAACAACAAAUGCAUCAGCAGCAACAGCAGCAGCAGCUGCAACACCAUCAGAUGCAGAACCAACAACAAAAACAGCAGCAACAAGUACAAAAUCCGUUGCAACAACAGCAACAAAUGCAUCAAAAACAUAUGCAACAACAACAACAGCAACAGCAGCAGCAAAUGCAUCAAAAGCAGCAGCAACAACAACAACAACAUUAUCAGCAGCAGCCCCAACAACACUUGCAGCAACCUCAACCUCCUCAGCAGCAACAGCAGCAGGUUCAUCAUCAGCAGUACCAGUCUCAUAUAAUGCCUAACCCUGCUUAUCAUCCUUCGGUAUCUCAACACCCUCGCACUCCUGCCAGACAUCAGGAAAGAACGACGCCCUCGUCUACCAGUGGUAGUUCUUCCCAAACAUAUCAUCAGCUACAGAACUCCACUAGUUCGCAGUCGGUCAUGCAGCAAUACAGUCAUUACCAGCAGUCUUCCAGGCCCCAAUGCCCUGUCCAUUCUCAAAGUCAAGUACAAAAUCAUUCUAGUUCUUCAACUUCUUCGUACGCGUAUCAAAGUCAAACGCCUUAUUCUGCUCAUGGCCAGUCGAACAGUACUGCCAUGUACAAUUCGAACGUACCAACUUCGCAAAGCAACACCACUGCAACAAAUGGACAGAUACAGAACUACUAUUCCAACCAGAAGGCGGUCAAUAUUCAAAACUACGGAAGUAAUAACGGUAGCGGCAAUAGCGAAAAUCAUCAUCCCGUUCAGUACUCGUCGCCUGCAGCAAGCCAAAGUGUGUCGUCUUCUCAGUCACAUAAAACGACUCAUAAUCUUCCUCCUAUCGCAGCUCUUUCGUCAACUCAUUACCACACGGGUCGAACUGGCCGAGAAAAUUUGAGGAUACCAGCGAGCAGAAAUCAGCAGCAUCCAACCACUUCUUCUUACGCUCCAAAUCAAGUCAACACUUCUUCAGCAGCAACAACUCACCAUCAACAACAACAGAACGUUCCUAAGAAUAACACUCAUGAUUCCACUAAUAUGCAGUAUAACACCAGUCAAUGUCAAAGUAACAGGGUCUCAAAUCAAAACUACCACUAUGUUACGACAAUAGCUGGUCACUCCAACUAUACAACGACCACUGCCACCAACAGUACGACUAAUAAUGUUUUCCAUUAUCAGUAUUCCCGAUCGAAUUCCAAUUUUCAAUCUGCAACUCCUCAAACCGGUCACAUGUACCCUUCCGCAAAGGUUACGACUCAUGUUCAACCCUCAACGCCGCAACUGACCAAUCUGAACCACGCAACUAACCCCACGUCUGUCAUUAAACAGAAGCGAGAAUCGCCUCUCGAUCUUUCGGUUAAGACUGUUAAAACCUCGGCGGAUUCUACCUUGGACGAUGUCGUCGAGAACAGUGGUGGCUCCGAAGUUCAAAGGAUAUCAAAAUACAAUCACAAUGGACGAAAUGCGAUGUAUCCCCUCGUGCAGCCAACGUACGGAAGUUAUCCGUCAAGCGAGGUCAACCAAAGCACGGUCCAUAUCAAUGCAAUGUCUAAAGCGCAACCGAGCAACAUGGGAGCGCCAAAGGUAGAGUUUCUUCCAAAUUUUAAUAUGAGAGGGUUGAACCAACCGUACAAUAAUAGUGCUAACAAUAAAUUUGAUACUCACAAGGGAGCGGUACCUCCUCAAACGCCACUCUACACUAAUACCUCGCCACAAAAGUCAGCGUAUGAAAGAAGCAAACCCUUUGUUCCCAACAGCGCCAAUCGGGAGGUACAUAAAAAUUAUGCUGCUGGUGCGUCAGCGCCGGUACCUGUAAAUUCUUAUCCAGUACAAAAAGUGUCGAAAAAGACUUCGCAAUCUCUUCCAAGGGUUGAUUUUCCGCCAGUGAAUCAUAAACUCGAAAUGACCCCGCCUUAUGUGUCUAAAAGACGAUUCGAAAUGCCGACGGUGGUGCCAAGCAAAAUGGCAAAAGUUGAUUCCUGGAAACAAGCCAUCGACCAACAAAUCGAGCAAAGGUUCUCGUCUUAUACGAAGUUAAAAGAACAGGAACGACAAGAAACUCAUAUAACGAAAAUGGAUCAGUUAAACAGCAAAAACAGUUAUCCGACUGCUGGACAACAAGAACGUUCUAAAGAACUGUACGGUUACAAUUACAGAUCGACGUAUGAUGCAGCCGAAAACCAAGUUUAUUCUGGUGGUAGGCAGACUCAAGUAAAUCAUAAUCAAACUUAUGUUCCUAGUGCCUCCGCGCACCAUUAUCCAGGUUAUAAUAAUAUAAGGCCUCAGAGCAAGAUCCAGGAUCUCCCCCACAACGUGAAUCCGCUGACGAGAACGGGUUCGAGUACCUCUUUGCAUCACGGCCUCAGCCCUAAUAAGAACACAGGAGGCGCAGACAAACGGGUAAUAAGCUUGCUGAGAAAUAGUCUUGAGAGUAAAGGUGCCAAAGAGGCUCAAAAGAAACUGGAACAGGAACAGCAGAAGUCGAUGGAGAAUCUUGUAAAUCAUCGACCUAAAACGGAUAUUCAACAACCCUCGACGGACGUUACAGCCCCUCUACAACCUAAACUAGGUCUGGGAGGAAGACAGAACGUCUCUCCAUUCGCUGCCACAAGUUUACACGAGAGAAACACCAACACGCCCACGGCUUACAAAUUUCAUCUUCCAAAAGCAAUCGACUCUGUGAAGUUCGAAUCUGACAUAACUAAAGAGGGAGAUAGUUCGUCGGGUAGGGUGAACAGUAUUAGUGAGGAAAUACAACCGUCUAUAAACAGUAACAGUAACUCGAAUUCCGAUUACGACGGUCUUGCUGCUUUCUUAGCAGCCAGAAUUCGGACCAAGGCUGAACUUAAGCAAGUUAGCACAUCUCAGUAUUCGUUUAAUGCUAAUUCUACACAGCCGAUCUUGCCAGGUGCCCCUGAAAUGCAAGAAUCCUUAAAACAAAACGCUGACUCGCAAAAUACGAUGUGCAACGGUACUAGCAACUUACAAAAAUAUUCAUUGGACCCUAGCCAGUACCAACCUAGAAAAAGGCUCUUUAGUCGAAGUGAAGAUGAAGCCAAUAGUAAGACAUUUACUAGUAACGUUCCUCAUAGAGAUAAAUCAGGUCUGCGAAGCUCUUCGGAGACUUCGGUCUUUGAUUUUCCCGAUAGCGAUUCCGAAGGUGAAAUGCCAGUUUUAGAGAGGCAAUCACUAAAUGAAAUGAGAAGGGAAAGGAGGAACUCUCUCAAGGAUAGGAUUGAGGAGGGAGUGAAAUUCGAACAGAGUUCCGAGCCACCGAGGUCAAAUAGCCCUUUCGAUUUAAUGUUUGACGAAGCCUGUGAUAAAUUUUUGGAGGAAUUGAAGUCUGGUACUGGGAAGAAACGAGGAAGAAGGAAAAAGGUCGUCGAACCCGAAGUUAUAGCGAAACUGGAAGAAACCGUCAUCAAAGAAACGAUCGCCGAAGUGAAAUUAGAAACUGACGAAACGGAAGAAAAUAAAUCUAAAACUUUCCAAGAUGUAGUGGUAGUAAAACAAGAACCAAAUACGUAUGUAGAAAUUAAAGUAGAAACCGAAGCUGGCGAAGAAGUUAAACCUGAAAUAAAAACGAAAGAAACUGAAAUUUGUAUAAUAAAUCCAACGAUUAAUUGUAUUAAAGUUGAAUCUGAUUCCGAUUCUGACGUUCCCUUGAUAGAUUGCAAAAAUAAAGUAAAAUGCUCGAGCCCUACAAUAAAAAGUGAAGUUAAAGUUACCGUUGUUAAAAGUAAAGAAUGUACGACGGAAACCAAUGGCGCUAAAAAGCCAAUAUGUGAUAGUAGUGAUAGCGAACCUGAACCACGACCGGUUAAACAUUCGCCCAAGAAAGGGAGAACGCCUAAGGGAAGUCCCACGAAGCAAAAGAAUGCGGAAAAAGAAUCAGAAUUAAAAGGUAAAACUGUCAAAAAAAUUGCCAGACAUACCAAAAAGCCCGUAUUCGGUGAUGGCACCGAAUUUCGUCCUGGAUGGGAAGAAGAAGUUUUCAAAUAUAAAAAAUCUUUGCGUAUGCCGUCAGGUUUAAUUCACGUGACGCGGCCUCCUGCGUGGCAUAGAUUAUCAACGUCUUUACCCGAUUUAGAUCCCUACCCCAAUUCACCGUCCGCUUCAAUUUCCACAGAAAAUGCCGAUAUGAAGAAAGUGAAAACGGAAAUUGUCGACAGUGAUAUUGAUUCCAAUUCCAGUUUCAAUUUCUCGUUCAGCAAAAAUAACAACUACGACUCUGAAGGAAGUUCUUCCAUUAAAAGUAUGCCAACACCAAAAUCCAACAGUUCCAUUUUAGAUAAACUUAUACAAAAGUAUGGCACAAGGAAACGAAAGCGUCCCAAGAAAAAGGAAGAGGAUUCAGGACCAAAGAUCAUACCAAAGCCCGAAGAUCCUUUGGAACUAUUACCGACUCCUGGCUUAGAAAUCACUCCUACCCGCGAGUCCAAAAAGAAAGAACAAGUCAUUAAAUCGGAUUCAGUGUUUUUGGGCUUCCGUAAGAAAACCGUGGAUAACUUUAAGAACACUUUCAUUAAAAGUUCGAACUGCUUGGUAGGAAUAAAUGAACAGUUCAAAACGGUGGUUCUGAAAUCGCGAACGCGAAAGCAAACAAGGGUAUUGAAACAGAAGGCUACGAUAAGGGAAGUUUUCGGCGAAGAACGACCCGCUUCUGCACCACCUGUUACCUGCAUUGACAAUACCGAUGAUCAGGAAGAUAAAUCAAAACCAACGAUCAAAAUAGAAAAAGACAGUCAAACUCGCAGUUCAAGUAGAUGUAGUUCAAAGAGCGCGACUCCUUUGGAGAAUUCAAAAGAAGUUCUGAAAGGUAAACUUCUUAAAAACAAAAUUAAAUUGACUGAGACAUUAGAUUUAUUAGAACACUCCAAUAUCAAAAAGGAAAUGGAUAGUAAAUCGGAAACGUUAUCAAUCGACGACGAUAGUGUCAGCGUUAAAUCAAACGACACAACAAGUACAACCCAUUCGAAGAGACGUAUCAAAAGUAUUCGACGGAAAUUUAGUUCUGGAUUCGAUUAUAUACGUAAGAAGAAGAAACAAACGAAAAAGGAGACACAAGAGGGCGAAACAGGGACUCCAAAACUCAAGAAGAAGGGCAUUUUGACCAAGGCCUCUCCCGAAUCCAUUCAAGACAUUCAAAAGGAGAUUAAGACAUGGGUUAUGAACAAGGGCAUCGGAGAAACCCAUUUACAUCGUGCUGCCAGGCUUGGAUAUACCGAUAUAACUGCGUAUUGUUUGGAGAAGAUGGAUAGCAUGCCAUCUCCGAAGGAUAAUGCAGGUUAUACUCCUCUCCAUGAAGCUUGCGCCCGGGGUCACCUUGGCAUUGCCAGACUUUUGUUGAUGUAUGGAGCUAAUGUUAGUGAAUCAGCACAGGGUGGAAUAAGGCCCUUGCAUGAAGCUACGGAAAACGGCUUCGUAGAAAUAGUGAGACUUCUUUUGUCCUACGGUGCUGAUCCAGUUUUAGCGACAUACUCAGGUCUCACACCACUCUCGCUUACAAGUGACGAGACGACAAUGUUCGUCUUACAGAAUCACAUAGCGGACAUUCGUGGGGACCCGGCACCGCCUUGGACAUUUUUCGGUCCAGCUUCUUGUUUUGAUUUUUCAGAUCCGGUCCCUGAAGAGUCGGGUUUUAACCCGCUGGACGACGUUCCCGACCCUGAUCCUCCACCUGACCAAGACGACGAUGACGAUAGCGUUAUGGAAUUCGAAGUGAGCGAUUUUCCACUUCCCAAUUUGUACACGCUGACCAACGAAUCAUCUACCGAUCAGUGGAUUCUUCUUCAAGACCUGUCGAACAUCUUGAAGAUUAAGUCGAGAGACGCUCUCCUAAAACAGAUCACCGGUUGUGCGACAACAACGGCGUCGUCUCAUAAGAACGUCAUCAAGGAGCUGAAGACUCAGGAUUUCCUCGAUCAAGCGCAAUGCUCGCAGUAUUUGUGCGCCGGCGAGAAGAUAAAUGUGCGAGCUUCAAAGAUUGCUCUAGUGAAAUUUACGGAUAAAGUGAAGAAACUGUUGAACAUCGAAAAGGUGGUCGUCCCCGAAAGGUGACAAACGGUCGACACGUAGAAUUCCCUGCCGUUGAAUUAAUUAAAUGUACCAAGUGAUAUUAUUAUGUUUCAUGUGAUCAUGACUUGUUGUUAUAAAUUUAUUUUUUAUCCACGGUGCUUAUUUGGUUAAAUUUUGAUAUUUUUAUAUUAUUAAUUGAUUAAUUAAUUAAUUAUCGAUUCGUUUAAUUAUCUACACGUACGUAAUAACUAUACAUAUUUUUGUUUCCAGCGAUGAAAGUGCGUUUGGUAUCGGACUAAUAACACGCGAUUUUUUUUUUACUUCUGCUGAA